AUGGAUUCAUGCUGUCAACUUCCUAUUUGGGCUCGCGUCCGGCCUCCCAUCCGCCGGUGUGACAGCGGUGGAUGGGGCGGGACCAAUGUCAAAGACCACCAUACUCGCGAUAGCAAAGGGUCCUGCAGGAUCGGGCCCGCCGCACUUGACAAGACGACCUAUCAACAUUCCGCUGCUGAAAUCCAGCGGCGGUAUGGACCCCAAGGGAUGGCGAUGUUCGAGAAUCCUGACAGACAUACGCCAUUUUAG